AUGUCGCCUGCUGACAGCAGAAACCUAACCUACUGUGAUGGUCCUUUUCAAGCAACUCAGCUGUGGAAUAGUAUUAUUCAUGCUCUUCACAGUCAGGUGGAAAUCAAAAGACGUAGACAACUUCUGAAAACAUAUAAAAACUGUUUCACUGGCUCAAAUGCUGUUGAUGUGGUGCUGAGCCAUCUUAUGCAAAGCAUGUACCUAAGCUGCAAUGAUAUUUCUCGGCUGAAGGGAGUCCGUGUAUGCCAAGCGUUGAUGGAUCACAAGGUGUUUGAGCCAGUUGGAGCAAAGCUUUAUUUAUUCAAGAAUGAAAAAGAAACGGAGUUUGAAGACACAAACACUAGUCUCUAUAAAUUUGUAAAUAACAGUCUUACUCCUCCUCUUCCGAGAAAGAAUAAAGACAGUGAGAACUUGUCUCCUGAGCAUAUCUGCAAGCAGAAGACAAAAAGACGUUCCAAAAUGAAGUGUGAAACAACACUUUCAAACCCCUUAACAUUAGAAGCAGCCGAUAAAAAGAGGGUAGAGGAUCUGCUUCGAUCAAUAAAUGUUCAUGCAUCUUUACCUCCAAAGAUCGUGGUUAAUGAACCAACUCGUUUGCUUUCAAAAAGAGUAAUAGAAGAUGUCUGGAAACAGCAAACUUUGCUACGACUGCUGCAGUUAAUUGAUGUUCCACUUUUAGAAGAUAUCUUGGUGUCUUCAGUGAAGACAAAACCAGACUGUUUUGGCAAAGAAGAAGACCUGAUUAUCUCAAACACUUUUCUGGACAGAGAGGUUACAUGUAGCUUAAACUUGCCUGAGCUUGACAAAUGGCUCUAUGCUGCAAUUGAAUGCUUGGAGUAUUUCCCAGACCAAUUCAUAGUGAUGGUUAGUCAGCAGUUACCUGAAAGCACUAAACCCAGCAGUCUGAAUACAUACAAGAAGAUUCUUUUUGACAUUAUACUAAAGUAUUAUAGUCAAAAGAAGGACUCCCUUCUUGCCACUCAAGAUCUUGAUAUUCAUUCAGGAAUUAUAGAACUUAUAGAAAAAGGAAAAAGAGAUCAAGCUCUAGAGGCGUCACAACUUUACUUAAAAUUAUUAGCACCAAAUAUUCGAGAAGAACUACACAGGCUCCUGACAUUCAUAGCCGUUGCAUCCGAAUCUGAGAGCUACAAAUUACAAAAACAAUUUGAUAACAGAUCCGUGAUCAUCAAGACUUGCACAAAGUUCAUCUUGCAAAGUAAGACAUUGUCAAAACCACAGGCAGAACUGCUGACUCAGUUUCUGAUGGACAAUCACUCCGAGCUCUUCAAGACUCCUUUAACUCUUCUGGAACUAACUAGUAGGAGACUUGAGAGUUUGCUAGAAGGACAGGAUCCAGAUAUCGAUUCAGGCUUCACCUUCUGUCAGCGUGUGACAACUAAAGAAUAUGAAGAUCAAAAACAACAAACAAAUCAGUAUCUUCUCACAUUGGUUCAAGAGAUGGACAACGACCCCACUAUUCCCUUGAAGCAGAAGAAGAAAUUAAUUAAAGAAUUCCGAAAAUACCAUUCUCUCAUCUAUUGUAGUUGUUGUAAAACUACAUGUGUAUUUUGUACUCUGAAUGGUUAGACAUCAAUACAGCCUUUUUUUCCCCCUCUGUAAAAGGGGGAUUGUGUUUGAAAAUUGAUUGUGAUACAAACUAUUUUUUUCUUAUGUCAUCUUCAGUUAGAGGGAACUACAACUAUCAAAAUUACUAUGCUGCUAAAAAGUAUUCAUUCUACUUAAUGACUCUUUUAAACAAAAUCUACUUAAUUACUUUUACGUUAGUAACAAUGGCACACUGCUUGUGCUGCUUUGAGUUCAGGGUUUGGCACUUUUCUCCUUCUGUCCCACAACCCCAUGGCUUUCUGGCUGAGCCAACUCUACAUUCAGACCCAUGCUUGGGUUGAUAACCAGUUAGGUUUUUAAUCUUCUCUAUCUGUAGUUCAUAAUCUAACUGUAAUCUAAUUUUAAACUGUAGAUUAUGAUUCCUAUGAGUAUUGUAAAAGUGUACGAAGUGUGUCAGAAAUGUUAGGAGCCAGGUCAGUGGGCUUUGAAGCUGUGGCAGGCAGGAUGUGUUAGGCAGGGGAGCUGUGUGUGCU